AUGGGGGAGUUCAUAAGCCAACACACACUAACUCAAACCUCUUUCCCUGCUCCCCUGCCCGCCCGCCUGCCUCCCUGCCCCCAUGCUUGCCUGCUUCCCUGCCCCCUGCUUGCCUGCCCCCCUGCCCGCCAGCUUGCCUCCCUGCCCCCCUGCUUGCCUGCCCCCUGCCCGUCCGCCUGCCUCCCUGCCCCCAUGCCUGCCUGCUCCCCUGCCCGCCCGCCUGCCUCCCUGCCCCCAUGCUUGCCUGCUUCCCUGCCCCCCUGCUUGCCUGCCCCCUGCCCGUCCGCCUGCCUCCCUGCCCCCAUGCCUGCCUGCUCCCCUGCCCGCCCGCCUGCCUCCCUGCCCCCAUGCUUGCCUGCUCCCCUGCCCGCCCGCCUGCCUCCCUGCCCCCAUGCUUUCCUGCUCCCCUGCCCGCCCGUCUGCCUCCCUGCCCCCAUGCUUUCCUGCUCCCCUGCCCGCCCGCCUGCCUCCCUGCCCCCAUGCUUGCCUGCUUCCCUGCCCCCCUGCUUGCCUGCCCCCUGCCCGUCCGCCUGCCUCCCUGCCCCCAUGCCUGCCUGCUCCCCUGCCCGCCCGCCUGCCUCCCUGCCCCCAUGCUUGCCUGCUCCCCUGCCCGCCCGCCUGCCUCCCUGCCCCCAUGCUUUCCUGCUCCCCUGCCCGCCCCCGUCUGCCUCCCUGCCCCCAUGCUUUCCUGCUCCCCUGCCCGCCCGCCUGCCUCCCUGCCCCCAUGCUUGCCUGCUUCCCUGCCCCCUGCUUGCCUGCCCCCUGCCCGCCAGCUUGCCUCCCUGCCCCCAUGCUUGCCUGCUCCCCUGCCCGCCCGCCUGCCUCCCUGCCCCCAUGCUUGCCUGCUCCCCUGCCCGCCAGGCUGCCUCCCUGCCCCCAUGCUUUCCUGCUCCCCUGCCCGCCCGCCUGCCUCCCUGCCCCCAUGCUUCCCUGCUCCCCUGCCCGCCCGCCUGCCUCCCUGCCCCCAUGCUUGCCUGCUCCCCUGCCCGCCCGUCUGCCUCCCUGCCCCCAUGCUUUCCUGCUCCCCUGCCCGCCCGCCUGCCUCCCUGCACCCAUGCUUGCCUGCUUCCCUGCCCCCUGCUUGCCUGCCCCCUGCCCGCCAGCUUGCCUCCCUGCCCCCAUGCUUGCCUGCUCCCCUGCCCGCCCGCCUGCCUCCCUGCCCCCAUGCUUGCCUGCUCCCCUGCCCGCCCGCCUGCCUCCCUGCCCCCAUGCUUGCCUGCUCCCCUGCCCGCCCGCCUGCCUCCCUGCUCCCCUGCUUGCCUGCUCCCCUGCCCGCCCGCCUGCCUCCCUGCUCCCCUGCUUGCCUGCUCCCCUGCCCGCCCGCCUGCCUCCCUGCCCCCAUGCUUUCCUGCUCCCCUGCCCGCCCGCCUGCCUCCCUGCCCCCAUGCUUUCCUGCUCCCCUGCCCGCCCGCCUGCCUCCCUGCCCCCAUGCUUGCCUGCUCCCCUGCCCGCCCGCCUGCCUCCCUGCCCCCAUGCUUGCCUGCUCCCCUGCCCGCCCGCCUGCCUCCCUGCCCCCAUGUUUUCCUGCUCCCCUGCCCGCCCGCCUGCCUCCCUGCCCCCAUGCUUGCCUGCUUCCCUGCCCCCUGCUUGCCUGCCCCCUGCCCGCCAGCUUGCCUCCCUGCCCCCAUGCUUGCCUGCUCCCCUGCCCGCCCGCCUGCCUCCCUGCCCCCAUGCUUCCCUGCUCCCCUGCCCGCCCGCCUGCCUCCCUGCUCCCCUGCCCGCCCGCCUGCCACUGUACUUGUGGAGACACUCUCCUCUGUCAUCCCUCACGUCAUGUCCCUGGUGUCUUUGAGUCUGAUGGAAGGUGACACCAAUCAAGGGUUUGUAAACACAGGAAACACAGGGUUCAUGCUGCCUCUCGAUGAGAUGGCGGCUCACGGUGCUGCAGCUCUGAAAGUGUAG